CAUAAGCUGGGACUGACGCUGACGUCUCUCCCUGGACUGUAGUUCUUUAUUAGCUGAUGCUAAUAAAGAUGCUAAAGUUGCUGUCAGACUGAAAACAUGAUCCUGCACUGAGCAAACAUUAGAACAACAGCCGAGCUACUGAGAUGGAAACCAUGGCGACAGAAAGGAGGGAUGAACCACAGACAGACUUCAUGUACUGUAGUGGAGCCGCCACAGAGGUCCUAAAGUUUGGUUCCUGUCAGCUCCGCUCUGGACACAAGGUGCUCUUUCUCAUCAUUCCAGGGAACCCAGGUGUCGUGGGCUUCUACAAAACCUUCAUGCAAACACUUCACAUGAUGUUUGGAUACCAGUACCCGGUGUGGGCUGCAAGCCACGCUGGCCACUGUGUUCCACCGACCUCCAUGGACAUGGUAGACGAUACCUACUCAGCAGAAGAGGAUGAUGUCUUUGGUUUGAACGGUCAGAUUGAACAUAAGCUGGCCUUCCUCAGGACACAUGUUCCCAGAGAAACCAGCCUGGUUCUAGUGGGACACUCCAUCGGUUGCUACAUUAUUCUGGAAAUGAUGAAGAGAAAUCCUGAGCUUAAGGUUCUGAAGGCUGUCAUGCUGUUUCCCACCAUCGAGCGCAUGGCUCAGACUCCUCAGGGGAAGGUCAUGACCCCUGUGCUGUGUUACAUGCGUUACGUGGCCUACCUGCCUCUGUUCCUGGUCUCUCUGCUGCCCGACACAAUCAAAGCCGGUCUGAUCAAACUGGUGCUCGGUGGAAUCUCCGCUCUGGACUCGUCUGUCAUCCAGCCGACUGUAGGUCUGCUCAGUGGAGACAGUGGAGUCAACGCUAUGUACAUGGGGGGUCAGGAGAUGAGGAAAGUCCGGGAAAGAGACAACAUAACUAUCAAGAAAAAUCUGGACAAGAUCAUUUUUUAUUACGGAGCUACAGACCACUGGUGCCCUAUUCAGUACUAUCACGACAUCAAACGGGACUUCCCUCAUGGAGACUUCAGACUGUGUGAGAACGGCUUCCGCCACGCCUUCGUCUUGGAUGCAGGACGCGACGUUGCCAAAAUGGUGGUUGAAUGGAUCAGAGGAGAUCUGACUACAUGAGCUACAUUCUUCUGUUGGCAUUUCUUCCACUGCCUGAACACUGAUGACCACAACCUGUGAUGAGCAAAACCUACGAGCAGAGAUGUUUUAACUGGACUGAAGAGAGGUGGAUUGGAAAUAUUUUAAAUAGGGUGAUAUCAGCUAAAAUGGGCCACUUUUUGGUAAAUCGCUUGUCGCACUAACAAAAAACAAUGUAUUCUAUUAAAAUGUGGUUUUAUGGCUAGUAA